AUGGAGUCCGCCUCGCUAAUUGUUUACACCGGUGUCAUAACCUUUGUGUUUAUAUACGUCACCAAACUUCUUGCCAAAACAUCGCGUAAUGCGCAGCUACCUCCUGGGCCCCGAGGUCUUCCUCUUGUCGGUAAUGUACUAGAUCUCCCACGAGCUGGCGAAUUCGAGGCGCAUCAAUGGGCCAAGCAUAAGGACUUAUACGGGAACAUUAGUUCCGUUACGGUCUUCCGUCAAACCCUUGUCAUCAUCAACGAUGCGAAGUUGGCUCAGACCAUCCUCAACGAUCGCUCAGCCAAACAUUCUAGCAGAUCAAAGAUGACUUUCGCUGGUGAAAUGGUUGGCUGGGACAAGACCUUGAGCUUUCUGCCAUAUAACGGCCAGCUUCGCAGUCACCGCAAGAAGGCUCACCUUUGCCUAAAGUCGGAAGCUAGCAUCAAGACCAACGACGCCAUACAAGAGAUUGAAGUUGGACAUUUUCUGCUGCAUUUACUUAGAGACCCUGACCGUUUGGUUGAGCAUAUACAGAAGCAAGCUGGCUCUGUGAUCGUUAAGGUUGUCUAUGGAUACACCGCUGAGCAGUUCAAACCUGAUCCUCUACUUAUUACGGUACGAAAGGUCGUCAAUGAGUUUGGCAUCGCGGCCAAGCCUGGGGCCUUUAUGGUUGACCUCAUCCCAAUUUUGAAAUAUGUCCCCGAGUGGUUCCCUGGAGCUGUUUUCAAAUCUACAGCGAAGCAGUGGAGAUCUAACCUCGAGAGCUCGGUUGAGGACCCAGCGGCUUUCGUGGAGUAUCAAAUGGCCAAUGGCAAGGAUAAUACAUCGUUCCUGUCUCAGCUACUGCAGAAGAAAAGCUUGACGGAUGAGGAAUACUCUGAGAACAAAUGGCUAGCGGCAUCUCUCUACGCUGCAGGUGCUGAUACGACCGUGUCUGCCAUCACGACGUUCUUUCUCGCUAUGACACUUUUUCCUGAGGCUCAGAAGAAAGCCCAAUAUGAGAUUGACGAGGUCAUCGGGAGAGACCGCUUACCCACGCUAUCGGAUCGACAAAGCUUGCCAUACGUCAAUGCGAUUGUGAAGGAAGUCCUCCGAUGGCAUCCUGUCGGACCAAUGUGUCUUCCCCAUACAACCUCUCAGGACGACAUUGUCGAUGGGCAUCUCAUCCCAAAGGGUGCAAUGAUACUUCCGAAUAUCUGGCAAAUCUGCCAUGAUCCCGCACUUUACCACGAUCCAUUGGCCUUCAGACCAGAGCGCUUUCUUGGUCCGGAGGCUGAGACAGACCCGGGUCGUUUUGUCUUUGGCUUUGGUCGAAGAAUCUGCCCAGCCCAAGCCAUGUCUGACAAGACGCUGUUUCUCAAUAUGGCGCAGACACUUGCUGUGUUUGACAUCGGAGAGAAAGAGGGAGCUGAGAUGCCCAAGGCUGAGUUCACGUCUGGAGUUGUCAGUCAUCCGAAGCCCUUCGAAACUGCGAUCAAGCCCCGAUCUUCCCAAACUCGUAAGUUGAUUGAGUCAAUUGAGCGCAUGCAUCCAUGGCAGCAGAGCGAUGCAGAGACUCUCACAAGUCUGUAG